AUGGCUGAUCCCGCUGGCGUUGAAAACUUCCCCCCCGGCGGUUCGAGUGCGCCCACCACGGGACCGGCAGACGAUGGUGCCAACAACGAUGUGCCUGGUUCGUCGAAUCCUGACAAUGCCACACACUUCAACAUAGGCUUGUCUACCACUGCCUCUGCCACGGAGGGCCAAACAGUAACCUUCAGCGCAGCAAGAACUCCUGGAUUAGAGGUAGAUCGUCAUGCAGCUGAAACAGCUUUCGAUGAUCGGGUGUGCCACCUUCAGCUCGACCAAGAUAGUGAUCAUUCGUCCAAAUGCGGCCAUCUAGACGCGACCCUGGAGACCAGGAAUCAGACGAUUGUCAGCGGACCUGACACGGGCUCCUUGACCUCGCCAUGCACCAAAGAACGAAAGGAAAGUCUUCUUCUCGGGCCCGAUCCCAUGGCAACGGUGGUGGAUGACGAGAAACCCCUGCGUACUCCAGAAUAUCAUGAUGCUGGCGAUUCCAGCGACUUCAGCGACGUUCGCAAGGGUAAACAGAAACAGAAAGCAGUCCAUUUUGCUUUCAACGAAUCGGGUCUGGGAGAUGCCGACGCGGACGCUGGAUCGUCAUCGUCGUCUAAGCCUGUCCGCACUGAUCUAGGCUCUGGUGACUAUGGUUGGGAGAGUUUCCCUGAUCGCCCGCCAGCGAAGCUCCCCAUUCAGUUUACCGAUGCGGUGGGGCGAGCAUUCGUCUUCCCAUGGGAGAAGGCGAGGACGUGGGAGGGUAUCAAGCGCUUGAUUGACGCAUGUUGCCUUCAUGUGGACAUAAUCGCACCCCAUGUACUUGCCGGCCACUUCGACCUCAUAGCGGACACAAACCCGAUUUUUGCCAGCCCACGCCAAAGAAUAAAUAGAGCUACUUCUGCAAGUACUCCAUCAAUAGAAAACCUUUUUACCAGUAAUGCGACCGCAUCGCCUUCCCCAUCGUCGUCGUCAUCCUCGUCAUCCUCGUCCGCCUCGCUUGCCGACGGUGAAUUCUCUCCGUUCGUGAACAAAAUUCCCGUUUGGGGAUACCAUAUUAUUCUCCCAGAGCUAUGGGAAGACCUUGCCGUACCAGGAAUGCUGGUUCGGCAGCAUAUGUGGCCCAUUGGUUCCACAAGUCUGCCGCCACCGCCGCCACCACUCCCGCCUAUAGCAGCACAUGGACAUCCAGGGGUUAACCCUGGAGGGCGAGGACGGGGACGUGGCGGACCGCUGGCCCUCCCUCCUCCUCCUCCUCAUCCUCAUCCUCAUCCUCAUCAUCUCCCUCCGCCUCCUCCGGCGCGGCCUUUCACAUUAUUCGCGGGCCCGCUUCCAAGGCCGAAGACAAGGAAGCGACGGGAAUAA